AAAGUGAGCGUAGCGAAACGAUAGUGGUGUGGUGGACCUUAUAUGUACCAAACGGAACUGGAAAAUCUAUUCUAAAUGCUUAAAUAAUACAAAUAUUCUAGGUACUGCAGCUUUAAAUUUCUCGGAACAACCUUCACCUUUAUGACAACAAGGACACUUCUGAAGGUCACAGAGUUGACAACAGUAGUUUGCCCCCGAUUAUUUUAUUCCUGCAAGAUGACAGCUUAUACCAUAGUUCUUGUGCGUCACGGAGAGAGUGAAUGGAACCAGAAAAAUCUGUUCUGUGGCUGGUUUGACGCCGAUUUGUCCGAGACUGGUAUAAAAGAAGCUAUAUCGGCUGGAAAGAUGCUGAAAGAAAAGAAGUACACGUUUGAUGUAGCCUUUACCAGUGUAUUGAAAAGAGCCAUCAAAACUCUGUAUUACAUUCAAGAUCAGACCGACCAUCACUGGAUCCCAGUCAUCCGACACUGGCGACUCAAUGAGCGACAUUACGGAGGGUUGCAGGGUCUGAAUAAAUCGGAAACUGCAGCCAAGUAUGGUGAAGCACAAGUGAAGAUAUGGCGUCGCUCUUAUGAUACUCCACCCCCAGCACUCACGGAGAAAGACGAACACUGGUCUGGAAAAGAUCGCAAAUAUGCAGACUUGGAUAAAAGUGUGAUUCCGGCAUGUGAAUGCCUGAAGGACACUGUAAACCGAGUACUGCCCUUCUGGUAUGAUGUCAUUGUUCCAACAAUCAAGUCAGGAAAGAAGGUGAUCAUAUCAGCACAUGGCAACAGUUUAAGAGCUCUGGUUAAAUAUCUAGAUAACAUGAGUGACGAGGAAAUUCCAGGCCUCAAUAUUCCAACUGGUAUUCCUCUUGUGUAUGAAUUAAAUAAAGACCUCAGGCCUGUUAAGCAUUACUAUUUGGCUGACGAAGCGCAAGUGAAGGCUGCUAUGGAUAAAGUGGCUGCUCAGGGAAAGGCUAAGAAAUGAACAUGUUUCAAACGUUGUCCGUGCUUGUGUACAUUAUUAUACAGCCCUUGUUAAACGCAUGUAGUUUACAACUGUUACAGUUAUUGCUUGAUAUAAGUUAUGAAUGUUUUAAACCAAUAUUUUCGUUGUAUUAGCAGGGAUUGAAAUGUGCUAAGACCUUGUCUAUUGCUUGGAAAGUGAGAAAAGUUCAGCAUGUAAAGGAAUACGAGUUAUGUUAUGCAGAUAUAAACUGGCAUAAAACAAAAGGACACAUGCCUUCUUCACAUUUCUUUAAAAAAAAAAAUAGGUUGGAGAAGAAAUAGCAACAGUUAAUGAAAAUACGCCAGUUGCUAACUUAUUUUAACAUUUUUAUUGGUGCACCCAUGUACAACUGUAAGGAAAAUCAUUCUUGCUACUUGGGGAAAAUCUGGAUAAUGCAUUGUGUGAAAUGUAUAUAGGUAUAAAUAGAUCUGAAUUAAGGAAAUGUGCUUGAUUCAUAUAUGUACAGGUGUACACUUGUAGACAUGAAAGGAUUUAGAAGUAUUUAAUGAUAAAACAUUCUGAAACAAAGUGUAAGAAGAAAUGAGGAGAAAUGAUCUUUGUGGACGUUUUAAUCCUUGUAUUACUAGUACUGUGUUGGUAGGAUCCCAGUAUAGUUGUACUAUUAAUGUACAUAAUUUCCUGUAUGUACAUACAUGAGCAUUGGCCCAAUCUGAUCGACUGCUCAUAUCUCCAUGCAUUAAACAAUUUUGCUGAUUGCAAGUGCUGAACACUGUUAUUUUAAAAUUAUUUUAUAGUGAAAGUUUUGAACACUUUGUUAAUUUUAAAUUAUUUUACAGUGUAAAUGUUAGAAAUAUGUGCAGAUACUCUCUCCAUAAGAAGAGCUUUAUUUGAAGUCAAUAUGUUAUGUUUUGUAGUGUGUAAUUUAUAAGCAAUUUGCUGUUAAAAAGGAUUUUAGACUCUGUUAAAUGUUGACAAUGUACAUCUAACUUUGUAACCAAUAUUAUAUCAACUGACUCAUAAAACCACCCAUUUAUACUCUGUUAUAAUUCUCUGUUUGUCUUUCCUAUUUCAGUAUUUUAAUGAAAUAGAAAACAAAAUAAAAUUCUUACUUGAAAAAUUGUGAGUCAGAUUAUAGGAAAUCAAUAUACUAUAUACUAUAUAAGUAUAUACUUAUAGAAUCCAUUUUGUUUUCUUUUUAAACCUAAUGAGUAAAAACUAUUUUUAAAUGAAAUAAGAUUCUUGAAAAUUCAUAAUGAUAAAAUGAUAUUUUUUUAAUGGGUCUUGUUUGUGAGUUAAACACACUUAUAUUAAAAAAAGUGCAGUGUUUAGUGUGCUUAUUAACCUGUCAGCAUUUGUCCCACAUUCAGAAUGUGUAAUAAGUGUCAAAAAGAAAUCCCCCUCCCAACUAUAUCGCAAGAUUUUGAAUAAAAUAGAAACAACGCAAAAUAUCAAUAAAAUAAUUAUUUAAUUUUCAAAAUAUUUCGCCACUUGUUUUGUUGCAUAUUUAUACUGCUUAUUUCAUUGUUUUCUUCAUCUAAAAGGAAAGUUAAUUGUUAUGAACAUAUGUGUUGUUUUGUGCUGUUUUCUGCACUUAGCAACAAGUUAUAUUGGCCACAUAAUUGUGUUCUCUCCAUCUUUAUUACAUGUUCCCUAAUGUCAUUAAACUUUUUAAAUAGCA